UCGAACAUACUACAAACAAUCAAUUUGGUAUGAAUAAAAGUAGCUUUUACUGUUUUCUACGGUAGGCAGCUGCGGAGGUUGCUACAAUUGAAUUUGUUUGUUUAUUUGCCGAAGUGAUAGUGAAAUUUGAGAAAAUACUUUCAACUUUUAAUGGUAAAAUGAAUUUAAACACCGCUUUAUUUAUCAAUGUAAAUAUAAGAAAUGAGAAGAAAUUUUGUAUACGUCGUGGGGAUGGUGAUAAUUUUAAAGCGCUUUAUCGGUUUUCUCGCGAAAAUGUCGAAUGGCUAUCCGAUCAUUUUCUUAAUGACCGAGAGGAUACAAGAGGAGGUGGAUUGAGUAAUGUACUGAAAAUGAAAAUUUUCCUACGAUAUUUAGGUGACCCGGGAUUUCAGGUUGGUGUUGGAGAAGAUGUCGGUGUCCAUCAAACAACAGUGUGCAAAACUAUUUGGCAUGUUUGCCAGAAAAUAAUUGAAAAAUCAAAUGAGUGGAUUAAAUUUCCAUCCACCGAAAAUGAGUUCCGUGAGGCCAAACGUAGUUGGAGCCGCAAGGGGAAAAUCCCGAAUGCAAUUGGAGCUAUCGAUUGCACCCAUGUUAAAAUCGAACGACCUCAUAGGCAUCCAGAUGAGUUCAUCAACAGGAAAGGAUUAGCAUCAUUCAACGUCCAAGCUACAUGUGAUGCAAACGACGUCAUCACCAGUAUCGAUUGUUCUUGGCCAGGAUCGGUUCACGAUUCUAGGAUCUGGAAGAAUUCAGACGUCUAUAGAACCAUGUUUGAAAAUACUUCAGGAGCACUACUUCUGGGUGAUGAAGGUUAUGCAAUUGCUCCAUGGAUUAUGACACCAUAUAGAAAUCCGGAUACUGUAGUCCGUGUUAACUACAACAAAAUUUUCUGCCGGGAACGCGUUGUUAUUGAAAGGGUUUUUGGCCAAGUUAAAAGAAGAUUUCCCUUUCUACAGAACACUGUACGUAUGAUUACACAUCGUGUACCGUCAAUGGUUCUAGCCUGUUUUAUACUGCAUAAUGUUGCUAAAUAUCUCCAAGAUGAAGACUUCGACUAUGAUGAAGAUGAUGCUGGCGAUGCGAAUAAUGUUGGUGCCAAUGAAAUUGGCGAUAUACGAAUUCGUGGACGUAACAGAAGGGAUGCAAUUGCUGUAUUGCUUAGCAGAUCGAGUCAUGUAGCAGUAGAUGAAUAAAGUACCUCUAUAAAUCUCAGAAUAAAACCAAAA